UGGUCUCAGUGCAUCGCACAAAGGUCUGACAGGAAGUCUGCUGUUGAAGAGUACUGCAUCCCUGCCGCGCGCUCCCACAUUAAACUCCAGGCUAAUGAAAACAAUCUGGUGUGGAGGAGAAAGCGAGAGGGAGAGAGAGAGAGGAGAGAGCUCACAAGCCUAACUCCCAACUGAUGGCAGAAGGGAAUUAAACACAAGAGGAAAGACCAAGAACUCCUUCCAACUUUGUUCUUCAUCUCCAAACACGCCUUCACAUCAGUCGCUUGUUGAGAGGACGUUUGUUUUAUCCAAACCAGUAGCUCAACAGGGUCUUGGACACAUCUGUGAGCAUCAACAAUGGCCGUUUGGUUGGUCCUGUGGCAGCUUGUUCUUGCAAACAUGUGCCUAUGUUCACCAACGUCCAUCAUCAGUGAUCCAGAGGUAACAACACUGACUUCUGCAGAAGCAUCCGGCAGUUCUGAAUCUGACGUCACAAGCAAUGGAGAGUCAACUUCCUCCAUGAGAACCACAAACGUUAUCGACACCACGUAUGUUCCCUUGACCUCCACCCUUGCUGUUGCUGCCACCAAGCCGGACCACCUUGGCACUGUUAUAAUGGAGUUUAUCUCGCAGUACCUGAUCUUCAUCGUCAUUGCCGCCGUUGCUCUCACCCUACUGCUUGUCCUCGUGUGCACCGUGAUAUUUAUGAAGCUACGCAAGGGUUCAGCCUACUACCCGUCCGCUUACCGCACUAAAAACUACGUGGACAAGCAGGACAAAAGGGGUUCCGGCAAAAACUUUGAGGAGGUCACCGGGACGGCUGGUGAAGAGCCCAAGGAGGAUACCAUCAACACUUCGGAGCAGCUGCAAUCCGACAUUCUCUCGGCCACCCACAACCUCAAGAAGAAGGGCCCAUCCAAGGGAGACGAGAAGAAAGCGGCUGAUGCAUCAGGCAAGGGUGAGAGCCCGCAGGAAGCAGGCGCGGAGGGAGGGAACAGUGCGGCCCCAGACCCAGGAGCUAAUAAUGCGGAAGGCCCAUUGACCGACAGCAUGGAGGGCAACUCUGCCAAAGCACCUGAAAGAGACCGGCAGGAGGAAGGGGAGGAACAGCCGACCGAGAAGGACGAGCAGAAGGGAGACGGCCGGGCAGUGGGGAAGGGAAAGGGGGAAAAUGAGGAGGAGGGCAAGGAUAAGACGGAGAUGGAAACUGGAGCAGUCCCAGGCACUAGCUCAACACAGCCAUCUGGCAGUGAGAUGGGGGACAAGUCCCCCCAGACCCCUGGAGAACAACUUGUUGCAGACGCAGACCAGUCAAAGACCUUAGACGGAGCUGCGGGCCAGGAACUGAACGAAGUUAAGUACGCUCAACUGACUUUAAGUGACGGAUCAAGUGUGGCUGAGGCAUCUGCCGAUUAUUCCAAGGACCUAGAGGAUACCCCACUCAUCGCCAAGUCCAAUGGUGUGCCCAAUGAAAACGGAGCUUUUUAAACGACCAACGCAAGCCAACACCUCCCUCGGCUUGAUAUGAGGAUUACUUGAAAAUCGAUCGGAGAAUUUGCUCAGCAAUACACCAAUGACACUCGUUUUCAACCAAACGCAUUAAGAUUUGCAGAUUAGUACAUGCAAAAGAAACAUUUUCAGUGAAAGAAAAACUGAGGGG